CUUCAUCAUUCGUGGCAUGUUGCGUUCACUCCUCCCAAUUGGCAUCCGUGUUAUGCGUUCGUUGCGUGUACUGUUUUGUGUUGCAAUUCUCACCUCUGGGGGUGCAGUAGUUCUCUCUGAGAACUGGAGUUUGGGUGCAUGCUUUCGGGUCACUGGCAUGGUUUUUGGAUCGCGGCCGUUGGCUCAUCGAAUUUUCGGAGUGGAACUGUGUGAUCCUGGUGAUAGCCCCAGGCGGGUUGAGACUUAAUUGACAGCAGGAAUAUUGGACUUGAAGAAGCGGAGGUUGGAAACGCGAUAUGGCUCCCGUUGCGAUGAUGUCGACGGUACCGGCCACUGAUGCUUCCACUCGCCCCGGCUGCGGUGGGGCAUUGACCCCUGCCGUACUUGUGCACACCAUCAAAAGGACUGAUGCCAUUGAUGAGCAGCAAACCGAGGCUUACAAGAAGUUGGAAGUUCUUCUGACGUAUUCGCGCCAAAUUCUGACGGAGAACGACCUCGGUGGCUACACCAUCCCCGCCAAGGGGCUGUACCCCUACCAAUGGAACUGGGACUCGGCACUGGUGGCGAUGGGGUGGGCUACCUUCGACGAAGCACGCGCAUGGGAGGAGAUGACCAAGCUCUUUUCCGCCCAAUGGGAUGAUGGAAUGGUAUCGCACAUCGUAUUCCACAAGCCCUCGACCACUUACUUCCCUGGUCCCGAGAUCUGGGGCUCCGUCGAGAAACCGCGCAAAUCCACGGGCAUCACGCAGCCUCCGGUGGCUGCUAUAACGGUGCAUAAGCUGUACGAGCAAGCCGUGAACAAGGAGUUGGCGUUGACGAAAGUGAGGGAGCUCUUCCCCAAGCUCCUCGCCUGGCACCGCUGGUUCAAAACCGCUCGCGAUCCCGAGAACACCGGCUUGGUGGCCACUCUGCACCCUUGGGAGAGUGGCAUGGAUAACAGUCCUGCCUGGGACGAGCCCCUUCGUAAUGUCCCUGUGGAUGACAUCCCGCCUUACGUGAGGGCAGACUUGACUCAUGUAAACAGCUCCAUGCGCCCCAGCCAGGCCGAGUACGAUCGCUUCCUCACUCUAGUCUAUCGCUUCCGUGCCGUGGACUACGAUUGCAAACAGCUCUACUAUCUUUCUCCUUUUCGUGUCACAGACCUGUGCACCAACAGCGUCCUCUAUCGUGCCAAUCUUUCCCUCAGAUGGCUUGCCGAGAUGCUUGGCGAGUUGGACGUCGUCCCGGAAAUUGAUGAAUGGCUCGAAGGCUUUCGUGUAGCCUUCAGCAGUCUUUACGAUCCUGCUGUAAAGAUGUUCAAGUCGAAAGACCAGCUAACUGGUAAGCUAUUGAAUGCCAGCACAUCCGCUGGGUUCCUCCCUCUCUUCGCCCGGAUCGCAACGCCUUCCCAAGCUCAGGAGCUCGCUGCCACUUUGGAGCAGUGGCUCAGCUGCGUUAAGUAUGGAAUCCCCAGCAACGACCCCAACUCUGCAGAUUUUGAACCUCUCCGCUACUGGAGAGGACCCAUUUGGGCAAUCGUCAACUGGAUGAUCACCGAUGGUCUUCUUGCCUACGGCUACGACGCGCUUGCGCAGCGUGUCGAGUCGGACACCUAUGAGCUUCUCGGGUCAGGUAUCUGCGAGUACUAUGACCCCACAGACGGCAAGCCAGCCGGCGGUGGCAGCUUCUCGUGGACCGCCGCGAUGUGCCUCGCUUGGCUCGGGAAAUGCGCCACUUCUGCAUAGAUCACAACUAACUCUGCUAGAUCCGAAAACAUAUGGAAAUUCAUUAAAAGAAUGAAUUCGAUCCCAAACAAAAUGAUCCUGCCAUGUAAGGAGUCCAGUCACAGGCUUUGGCAUAUUCAGAAUUCCUGAAGAUGGCGAGAAUGAUUGUGAAAUAAUGACUGUCCACUUUACUAUAGCGACCAAGUAUCAUUCCGACACAGCCCCUAGACAAACGACGAACACGGAGGAAUGUUUGGUAACAGCCACGGAGAAUCUGCGGUGAGUGGAUUUUUCGAGGAGGAAGAAUUGAUGCGCACUCCGAGAGCAAGCUGUUUGGGAUGCAGCAGCAACGAAAUUCAACAUGCAAAAAGGAACCUCUCCACAAUGUUACAGUGGCGUUAGAUUGUUAUUGUUACCAGAUGGGAAAGAACCCUUUCCCGAAUUAUUUUUGGCAUCAAUGAUGAUUGAAGCCCACAAGGGGGUUUCGAUUCGCUGAACGCGACUUUCACUUCGCUGAAUGCCAGCUUAGGUAACAAAAUAAUUAAAGAACAAAACUGUCGCACUUUUUCCUGAUUACA